ACCGCUCGAAUGGGCUGGCGCACAGGAUUAAAGCAAAACAAAAAUAUGCUCUUUUCGUGGUUUGUGUUUACUCAAGCAAGCCAACUCGAAUACGAAUGGAUCGUUAAAGGUUUUUAGUUUAUGCUGGAGAUGAAAUAGCUACGCUGUAAACGAGUUCUCGUGGACAUUUUAGUCUUUUUUCCCUCCUCUGGACGUGUGUUUGUUGGUCUACUAGCGCUAGCCUCGACUCGGGUUAGCUGUUUUCAGCUGCGAUGGUCGUCGCGUGUUUAUGUGGAUGUCUGCGGACUUUUUAUUAAACCGACUGCAACAAAUGGGACCGUCCAGCAUCGGCCGAAAACACCGCGGCGUCGACUAGAUAUUUAACAAUUCACUUAUGUAGUUGACGUGGUGGGGAUUCAAACAGAGGAUUCUGUGGACACUUCGGCAGCAGUUUUUUUUUCUUUUUUUUUUUUUUUUUUUUUUUCUAGUUGGAUUUUAGCACACUGAGAUUCUCCCACAGCCAUGGAAUCGACGGUUGAUGACGAUGCAAUGGCAGCGUGAAUGAAGCUUGGCGUGGGGAGAGCUGAACGAUGCCCAAAGGUGGGGGUUCUAAAACCCCCCAGCUGGACCAUUUCCCACUCAACACCGACAUGGUGGAAAAGCAGGGUGGGAAAAAGGAUAAAGUGUUGUCAAAUAAGACUCCCAAAUUGGAUCGCAGUGAUGGGGUCAAAGAGAUGAAAGAAAAGGCCCCUAAAAGGAAGCUGCCCUUCACUGCUGGAGCAAAUGGAGACCAGAAAGAUUCUGACUCAGAGAAACCAGGUCCAGAGAGGAAGCGCAUUAAAAAGGAGCCCACUAACACCCGGAAGGCGGGCUUGCCGUUUGGAAUGGGGAUGCCAGGGAUCCGGGCCGGGUACCCCCUCUCUGAGCGGCAGCAGGUGGCCUUCCUUAUGCAAAUGACAGCUGAAGAGUCCGUCAACAGUCCAGACACAACACCAAAGCACCAGUCACAGUCCAGUCUGGGUCAGAAGGGAACGCCAAACUCUGCAUCUAAAACCAAAGACAAAGUGAAUAAGCGUAAUGAGAGAGGAGAGACUCGACUGCACAGAGCAGCAAUUCGCGGAGAGGUACGCCGCAUCAAGGAGCUCAUCAGUGAGGGAGCUGAUGUGAAUGUAAAAGACUUUGCAGGUUGGACUGCAUUGCAUGAGGCAUGCAACAGGGGGUAUUACGAUGUGGCCAAACAGCUGCUGGCAGCCGGCGCAGAGGUCAACACCAAGGGUUUGGAUGAUGACACCCCUCUCCAUGAUGCAUCCAACAAUGGACAUUUCAAAGUGGUUAAACUACUUUUACGAUAUGGAGGGGAUCCACGUCAAAGCAACAGAAGGGGUGAAACGCCACUGAAGGUUGCAAACUCUCAAACGAUGCUGAAUCUGUUGCUGGGGAAAGGCACUUACACCUCAAGUGAAGAGAGUUCAUCAGAAUCUUCAGAGGAGGAAGAUGCCCCCUCAUUUGCCCCCUCCAGCUCUGUAGAUGGCAAUAACACAGACUCUGAAUUUGAGAAGGGCCUGAAGUUAAAAGGGAAAGUCUCAGACACUCCUAAAUCUGCCGUCACACCUGUCAAAGAUGAAUACGAAUUUGACGAGGAUGAUGAGGAGGAGCGUGUCCCUCCCGUAGACGAUAAACAUCUCUUGAAGAAAGAUUUCAGAAAGGACACAGUUCCUAAGACCAACAGCUUCAUCGCUAUACCCAAGAUGGAGGUGAAAACCUAUUCCAAAAGCAACUCGCUCACACCAAAGAAAACAGUCAGGCGGAUCAUCUCUGACAGCAACAGUUCAGACGAGGAUGAUAGGACGUUGUGUUUUACACCAGCGCCCACGCCACGGCAACAAGCCCAGCAAACAAAUACCAAGACAAGAGACUCUGUUAACACGAGCUCUAAACAACAAAAAGACAAGAGUAAAGUAAAGAAGAAGAGAAAGAAGGAGAGUAAAAAUAACGUCAGUAAAGAAGUCAGAUUUGGUAAAGUCAAUGACAAAUUUUGUACAUCUGACUCUGAUUGUGGCGACAUGGAGAGUGAGGAUGAAAAGGGCUCAAAUAGUAUAAAGGACUCUUCUACAAUGAGCCUUAAGGAAUCCCCCGGCUUUAAUGCGUCCUCUUCUACUCAUGGAAACUUGAACUCUCAAAAACAAGCACCAUCAUUAGCAGAACAGCAUCCAAAGCAGUGGAGGACAGAUGGUUGGAAGACGGUGUCCUCCCCUACUUGGUCAGAUGUCAGUUCUCUUUCAGAUUCAGUCAGGACGAGAUUGUCAAGCGAGUCUGACUACUCCUCUGCUGAUUCCAGUGUCGAGUCAAUAAAACAAAUUAAGAAGAAGACACAGGAGAACAAAAAGAAGAACAACAGCGUGCACAGUAAUAUUGUAGACAAGAAAAACUCGGAGCUCUAUAAAAACUCCACUGCAGAGUGCACCGCCUCCAAAACCGAUGUAGAUGGUAAAGUGGUCAAAAAGCAUAAAGUAAAACAUAAACAUAAAACUAAGGAAAAAGACAAAGCGCCUAGCUUAGUGCUUAAUCAAGACAUGAAUGAGAAAUUUGUGAAGAGCUACUCUUUCGACUUUGAUGACUCAAGACUGAAGUCUCUAAUUGUCGAUUCAGAAUCGGCAUCUGAGAGCAAGGUGAAAAUAUCCAAACAUGACAAAGACCAUUCAAAAAAGGAGGAUCGGCUUACAAAAAACAAGUCUGAGGAUAAAGACUGGUCAUCUGGAAAAGACCUACAUAGAACAUCAAAAGAAGAGAAAAACAAGAAAGCAAAGGACUCCACCAAGGACAAGACGAGUAAAGAGGACAGGGAGAAGCCUUUAAAAUUUGACAAAGAUAGAAAUUUUAAAGAGAAGGAAAAACCCAAGGACGACAAACAAAAGGCUCACAAAGAGGAGAAGAAGAAAAAGUCCAAGGAAAAGUCCUCCUCAAAGGCAGAAAGAAAAAGUGAACAGAAAGAGGAGAAACAUCUAAAGGUGGACAAGGAGAAAAACAUCAAAGAGGAGAAGGAGAAAUGUAAAAAAGACAAAACACAAAAAGAAGAGACCGAACAUGAAGGCUAUGACGUUAACAACCGCUUCCUCAACCUGGAGGACACAAAGCUCAGUGCGUCAGACGACCAUCAUGACCGAUGGGGCUCUGAGAUGUCUUCCGAUUCUUCCCUCUACGGAGAUGACAGUUGGGAUGCUCCUGUCAAAGAGGUCAAAGAAGUCAAGGAAUAUAAAUCCAACAAUACCGUUAAGCUAAUUGUUGAGACUGUUAAGGAAGAGACAAGGAGGAAAGAAAACAAAGUCAAGGACAAGAAAUCAGAUCAUAGUGAAAAAAGAUCAGAAAAAGAAGCCACUUCCAAAAAGAAAGACAAAGACGUGUCGGAAAAGACAAACGAGAAGAAAAAAGACUGGUCGGAGAAACAGAAGUUAAAUUCCACCCACUCGGCUGAGAAAGAAAAGAAGCGCAAGGAGUCUACAGAAACAGCGAAAGACAAAAAGGAAAAGGAUUCUCUGGAGAACAGUCGAGACCGUAAAGACUUGUAUGAAUUCAUGAAAGACAGAAAAGACCUAAAAAUCAAGCAGGAAUCUAUAAUAGAUGACUAUAGCAACGAUACUUUGUUUAAAGACAGUGAAGCUGUUGGUAAAUCGUGUGAUAUCAGAGAAAGAAACCACUCUGGAAAGGAGAAGGAGAAGAAAGGUGAGGGAACGGAGAAGCGAGAAAAGACAAAAACUGACAAGCACAAAGAGAAAACAAAAGACAGAGGAGCUGAUCAAGAGAAGGACAAGAGUGAACGAAGUUCCUCAGAAAAAACUGUCAAGGAAAAAGACACAGACCGGGGCACCAAAGACAAAAAGGAGGGAGCCAAAGACAAACAUAAAGACUCGCACGGCAAAGACAAAGAUCGAAAGAUGUCCUCAGAUCAGACGAAGGACAAGAAAGAAAAGGCCUCUCAAGAUAAACAUGUCGAUAGGGAGAAGGACUUCUUGGAAGUAAAGAAAGAGGAACGGAAAACGGAGAAGAUCCGCGAGAAAACGUGGUACAAGAUAGCUGACAUAUUCACCGAUGAGAGUGACGACGAUGAGGAGAGCUACAACAGCGGCGUCGUACUUGGGUUGGACUCCAUCAGAAAAGACUCGACACCUGAUCAGGAUGAGCUGGAUCACUUCCCCCUGAGAAAAACUCCCGCAGAGGCCAAACACAACACUGAAAAGGCAAAAGACAAAGAACACAAAGACAAGAAGAAAGAUAAGGGCACAUUUGACACGGGUAAAGAGAGGAAAGGCUCCCUAGAGAAACACAACAAAGACAAGAAGGAUUUGGUGGAUGCAAAAUACAAGGAAAGAAAAGAUAGGAUGUCAGUGGACUCCAACCAAGAAAAGAAAAAUAAGCAGAAGCUGUUGGACAAAAGGGACACAAGUGAGGAAAAGACAAAAAGCAAAUAUAAAGACAAGCAGGACCAUUCCAAGGAAAGAAAGCCCUCAAAAGCCAGUGGUGAGAAUGAGAAGUCCCUUUUAGAAAAACUAGAGGAGGAAGCUAUGAACGACUACAAGGAUGACUCUAAUGACAAGAACAGUGAAAUCUCCUCAGAUAGUUUCACUGAUCGAGGUCAUGAGCCCGUGCCCACCAGUUACUACGACGCCAUCAGCCUGACCGAUAUCCCUGAGGACAGAAGAGAGUCGCUGUCCAUCUCUACGCCGCAGGAUAAGUUCAGAGAGAAAGAGAGGCAUCGACAUUCCUCUUCCUCUUCAUCUAAAAAGAGCCAUGACAAAGAGAAGGAAAAAGUCAAGAAGGACAAAGGAGACAAACGUGACAAAACGGGGGACAUAAGAGAAUCCUUCAGCCGCAGAGAGAGCCUGCCUUUUGAGAAGGAGCCCAUGCCUCUAGAGGCCGACCCUUACACAUUCCCGUUUGGAGGAAAAGGAGACGGAGAAGACGACUUUGAAAAAACAUUGGAAUUUGAGAAAGAAAUGUCCAAAAAAGACAAAGAAAAAGCCAGUGGUAUCAUUAGUGACAGGAUGAAGGACAAAAAGAAGAAAGAGAAACAUAAGGAAAAGAUGAAGGAGGAGAAGAGUAAAUAUAUUGAUGGCUUUGGAUCAUUUAAGCACUCCAAAGAGGAUGUGAAGUCAGGGUUGAAAGAUAGCCCCCAGAUCACUGUCCUGAAAGACAGGUCGAAAGAACAAAGUCCUAAAUUUGAUUUGAAGAAAGACCGAAAUCGAGACGCAUUGGACAAAGACAACCGAGUGGAUCAUAGUAAAUCUAAGGCUAAGGACGAAAAUGAGAAGCUCCCUCAGUCCAAAGACACAGUUCGGAAAGAUAAUCGUCCACGUGAAAAACUGUUGGUGGAUGAUGAUCAUCAAAUGACCAGUUUCGGUCAAAUGUUGAGUCAGAAAGACCAGGAAAUUGGGAUAUACCUCAAAAAACAUAAAGAAAAAAUGAAACAGAUGGAGAGGUUAAGGCCCAAAUCAAAGGAUCCCAAACUCAAAGACAAAGCCAAGUCCACAGAGGAAAUGCGGAAAAACCGCAGUGAGUUGUCUUCAAAGAAGUCCAACAGCUUGGAGUCUGGUCUGAAAGAGAAGAAGCUGAAGGAAGUCGUUCUCCCAGCUCAAAUGACUUCUCCGGGAAGAAAGUUCCAGCCAACCGACAAUCCGAACUCAAAAGACUGGCUGGCCGGCCACCAAAUGAAGGAGAACCUCCCUGCUUCUCCCCGGCCCGAUCAGAACAGGCCAACGGGUGUCCCCACGCCAACAUCUGUCAUCUCUUGUCCCAGCUUUGAAGAAGUAAUGCAGACUCCACGCACCCCCUCUUGCAGUCCAGAGGAUUACCCUGACAUUUUGAUAGAAGGGCUGGAGUGCCAGAAUUCAUCAACCUUGACGACAUCAAUGAAUGCCUACUCUCCAUCCUUUUUUGACAGCAGGUAUUCAAACUCGCAGAGUUUUCAAGAGGGCACUUGUCCCACGCCUGCAAAGAACCUCCAGCUGCCACUUGUCAGCCGGUCUGCAUCAUCUGAUGUCCGCAGGCCUCUGGAGGUCGAGUUCAAAGCCGAGGCCGACAAAUUUCUUCAACAGCAGAGUGACCAAGCAGCGGAAUUUGACCCAGAAUCUGCCUCUCAACCUCUGGAGGACAAAUCAGCAGCUGCGGAUCGGUUGGAGUGCUUAUCCCCGUAUUUCUCCCCGAUACGGAUGUUGUCUCCUCGCGAGGAGCCGGCCCAUCCAACAGCAGAUGUGGCUGCAGCAACUCUUUCUGUUGCGGAAAGCAAUGAACAUCUUCCUGAGAGCGUGUACAAUUUCUUACCCAAACCCUCCACGCCAGUUCAUCGGCCGGAUCCCCAUGAAGCAUGCUUCGACAUCGCUGCCCCACCAACCCCAGCUCCCGCUGCUUUGCCACCUCUGGAAAUUGAUGACAUCUCUGAGCCUCACCACACUGAACCCAAUCUGGUUCUCUCAGACCUCCCUUCUGCCACAGAAGAACCGGAGCAGGAAGAGGAGGAGAUGGGGGAGGAAGAAGAGGAGGAAGAAGAGGAGGAGGAUGAAGAGGAGGAGGAAGAGGAAGAAGAAGAAGAGGAGGAAGUAGGUGACCUUAAUGAGAGAACUGAUGGAGACUGUGGUGUAGCGGAAGAAGUGGAGCAAACAAGAGAGUCAUGUUCCUUCUCCCCGCGAGUUGAGGAACAUUUGAGGAAAAGCUGGCCCGCAGAGUCUCCGGACCGACAAGAGCCAGAGAUCCAUCAUCUGUCCCCUGCACACGCUGUUCCUAACCAUGGCACGAACUGUUUUGAUCACAACAUGGGCUGGAACCCUGAUAUGGACAUCAAAUCUCCCCAUGGAGAGAUAGAGGCUGCUGUGUCUAAAAUAACCAGCCCCUACUCACAUUCUGACAGCGAAAUGCAUGCCUUGUCUGGACACCCCUCUGUCACUCCUCCUUAUGCUACCUGGAAUAGGUGGCACAAAGAAGACACGGAGGACUUUGAUGAGCAGAAGGAGGAUGUGGCGGACAUGCCUUCUCCAGAGAGGUCAGACACAGCCAUGGAUGGGGAACCCAACUAUUUAAACACCUCAUCGUCCUCCAAUAGGCUGGAGUCAUUUUUCCAAGAAUGCAAUAAGCCAAUCGUAGAGGAUGAGCACCAGAUGGAAGCCGAGUCCACUUGUGUAGAAUCAGAAAGCAGACCCAGCACUCAUGAUUUCAGUGGCACACCUGACGAUGAGCAUGUUGCUCCAGCUGUGGGGCCAGAGCCAGUGGUGCCCUGGGCAGAUCCAUUUUCAGCUGAUGCAGAUGAACUCGAUGACCUCGGGCCGUUCUCUUUGCCCGACCUACCGUUACCAGACAAGUCUGAAGAAACCGAGCCUCAAGAGCCUGAACUAGUUGACCAUGACAAGACCGUGUCACCUCAUAUAAGACACACCAUUAUGGAGAGAGAGGACCCAGAUAUAAUGGAAGUUGACCUGCCUAGUCAGACUAAAACACCAAGCCCCGCUGCAGACCUCAGUUUACAGGAAUCUGCCAGUCAAGACUUGGUUGUACCAUCACCACAUACCAACUUCCAGCAAGAGUUGGAUCUUGAGCCUCAAAGUGUUCCCACCAGCAAUUCACUUUCUCUUAAUCAACAACAGGGCAGCAUGGACCGACAGUUACCGCACGGAGGACCUGAUGAGUCAGAACCCAAUAUGCUGUAUUCAUCUGUAAAAUCAGAUACUAGUCAGCAGCAUCACAUACAUGUCCAUUCCCUUUCUGAGUCAUUGCCGUCACCCCUGGAUUCGGUGUCCAUGGUAAAUCCAGAUGUGACACAGGGAGAGAUGUCCCAGACAGUGGCAGAAUCUGCUCCUUGCACUCCUCUCCAGCUCUCAGGCCCAGUCCCCCUCUUGAGUACGUUGGAAGAACCAGAGUCUCAGGAGCCUACGUCCAGACUAACACCGGUUACCCCAACGCCAGUUGUAGAUAUCCCUAAGAAGGUGGAGGAAAUCCCCCAAAGGGUGACUCGCAAUCGCGCCAAGAACAAUCCCUCUGCUGCUGUUGUCCUUCCUACCUCCAGCAUAGCAAACGUGUCUGCCGCUGCCACCACUGUGACGAGCAUCCCCGUGGUGAGCUUAAACCCCAUCCCAGUGAGAACGCCGACACCCACCUCAGUCUCUUCCUUGUCAGCUCUGAAAAAGGACAAAGACUCUGGACUGAGCGUUCCCUCUGCUACAUCAAUUUCAAGCACAGCGGUGUCUACAGUGACAACUUCUGCAUCAGUGGUGCUAAGUAAAACCACAAAAGGUCGGCCGCUCCCUGUGGAUGAAGAGGAAUCCCAGACCCAGCACCCACGGAAGAGGAAAUUUCCACGUCCUACUGGGCAGCAAGUCCAGGUCCAACUGGUUAACACAGCCAUGCAGCAGACCAGGGAAAUGAUUCAGCAGACCUUAGCUGUCGUAGUCAAUGCCAUCAAGUUGGAUGACAUCGAGCCCUACCAUAGUGACCGCUUCAACCCUUAUUUUGAAUACCUACAGAUCAGGAAGAAGAUUGAAGAGAAGAGGAAGAUUCUGUGCUACAUAACCCCUCAGGCCCCACAGUGUUACGCAGAGUAUGUGACAUACACUGGCUCUUACCUGCUGGAUGGCAAACCCCUCAGCAAGCUUCACAUUCCUGUGAUUGCCCCACCACCAUCACUGUCAGAACCUCUGAAGGAGCUCUUCAGACAACAAGAAACAGUAAGAGGGAAGCUCAGGUUGCAACAUAGCAUAGAGCGGGAGAAACUAAUUGUUUCGUGCGAGCAGGAGGUUUUAAGGGUCCAUUGCAGAGCGGCCAGAACAAUAGCCAAUCAGGCUGUGCCGUUCAGUGCCUGCACCAUGCUGCUGGACUCUGAAGUCUACAACAUGCCAUCCGAGAGCCAGGGUGACGAAAACAAAUCUGUGAGAGACCGCUUCAACGCGCGGCAAUUCAUUUCCUGGAUACAGGACGUGGACGAUAAAUACGACCGUAUGAAGACAUGUCUGUUGAUGCGACAGCAGCACGAGGCAGCGGCCCUCAACGCGGUGCAGAGGAUGGAGUGGCAGUUGAAGGUGCAGGAACUGGACCCAGCAGGGCACAAGUCCCUCUGCGUCAACGAAGUGCCGUCCUUCUACGUGCCAAUGGUCGAUGUCAACGACGACUUUGUCCUACUGCCCGCAUGACACACAAGUGCUCACGGAUUGAGAUAAAACUCCGCCUGAGUCACUUCUUCUCAAAGAAACUUCGUUGAACAAAACGAAUGGAAAGGGCUAGCAAGUUUAAAAGAGAACUUUCUACAGGAAAAAAUAUAUUCUCUACAGAAGGAGUAAAGAUGGAAAAAACUUGAUUCCCUUACGUGAAGAAGGAACCAUAUACUGGAGGAAAAGAAAAUACACAACUUGCACUUUCAUCCUCAAAAGAUUUUGCUCUUUUGUUUGAUCAGAGUUUGAGAAGCAGAAACAGGUUUUGCGUUGAGGCUCAGACGUCGGGACACAACCCCUCAGUGUUCAGGCAUGGUGAGGCAGGGGACAGAGAUUUAUUUUCUACGUUCAUUUUUUUUGCCCCUGCAUCAAUACCUACUGGCGCUGGGAGGAUCUGUCACAGAAGAGCUCUCCCAGCAGCCUGGUGCCUGUCCAGAGGAAGGCCGGAGCAGGAGUCUCCCCCUGUUGUUGGGCCGGGAGACCUAGACGGAGUCCAGCUCUGACACGGAGGAAGCGAAAGAUGCCGAUGUCGCAUCAUGUGGAUCUUCAAUGGCUUAAUGAAUCUACAACCAGCCACUGAUGGCUUUUGGGCUACAAGACCAUUUACCUAGAGGAUGCCAUCUCUGUUAAUAACUUAAGCAGUAGUGAAACAAAGCCUGCAGCAGGUUGGAACACAGCAGAGAGGUUGAGAUGUGUGUGCAUGUCGGCGCCCAGCGACUGAGAGGGAUUAACUGCUGCCUCUCAGCCGGGCUGCACAGAAGAGGACGGGCACGAGUCCCUGAGGACAGACCGGACUGUUUCUCAGCGAUUCUGCUUGCUCUGACACAAACACAUCAGACCGCCAUAGACUGCAAAAACACCACAGGACAACCAGAACAAACAAACAAACCAACCCAACGAAUGUUGAUAUUCAGAGACUGAGAUAUUGUGGUUUUGCAGGAGGACAGAAAUAUUGUUUUUGUCUCUUUCUUUACUUGGGCAUUUAAUUGUUUCUGAGGAAGUGACUUGAAACACUACAGAGCCAAUAUUAGUUUAAUGGGGAAAAAAGCAAAAGAAAACAGAAAAAAAAGUUGUAUUCCGUAAAUGAUGUACAGUUUUUAUAUUCGUUAACCAAUGUAUUCUUGCUGCCUUCUAGAUAAUUUAUUUUGCCACACAUUACUGCACAGUUGUAAAUAACCUAUGUACUGUAAUAUCACUCAGUUAAAUGUAAAGAAAAACAGAAAAGAAAUAAAAAAUUAUCUUUUUAUGUAGAGUUCACUUUUGGGCAGCACUCCCCCCCUUCAUAUCCAACGGGCCAAAUUGUGUACACGAUUCUGUCAGUAUUUGAAAGACCCAAGUGCACAGUUGUAAGAUCCCAAGUCCAGAUUGAGUCAGCUGGCCUGGACAUGAGCCACCACGACACCAAUAGCUGACAGAGACCACGUAUGGAUGACCCGGCCUCCCACAGGCCAGAACCAUACAGCCCCUCAGAUGUAGCAGAAGAGUUGUUGAGGAUUUAUUUAAAGAAUAAACAGAAUAUUAGUAUUCAUUGCUUUACUACUCAAUUAUAUCUGAAAAUUUUUGAACCAAGAAAAUGCCUUUUGCCGUGGGGAAAAAAAUGUACUCAUUGUUGGGCAAAGUCACACAGAUCUAUAUGGAUGGGAUGAAAGUCAGAUGUCAUUCACAAGCAAAACCAUUGUUAAGUGUCUAAUGUUUUCAGAUUACUAUUAUUUUUUUCUUUUAUUAUAUUAUCUGUUUGUAAUUUACACAAAUUGGAAAAGACACAGGUCUUUCAGCUCUUCACUUUUCAUCUUGUUUUCCCAGCUAAUCCCACCUUGCUGUUGAGCAGAAGUGAAGAGUUGUAAAAGCCGUUGAAAGGACUCCUAACAUAUCGCUUAGUCUUUCUGCCCCUCGUCCAAUAUUGUAAAGGAGCAGCCGUUUCCUCCCUGCUGCUCCAGAUAAACUCACUGGGUGGCGCCAGCGUGUCAGAAAAACUCAAGAACCUUAUGAGACUCGGCAUCAGGCCAGAGGCCCUUCACUUGAAUAGGUGUUUUUAAAUAUAUUUGAAUUUUAACACAUAGGCAGGUUAGGUUCCCUCAUAGGACUUCAGUAUGACACCUGGGUCAGUUCCUUACUCAGUUAGAUUUAACAAACAUGUUCAUGUCAUACUCUUAAAUUUUUAUUUUUAUUAUUAUCUGUGUUUAAUCUACAAGGGGCUUGUCUAGUGUUGUCAGGGAUUUUAAAUGUUAGCUUACUUCCUCCUGUUAAAUGUGUGGUGGCAUUUGCCAUUAAAAUAAAAGUUCUUGUUUCAGGCCCAAGCAGACAGUUGUAAGGCUUAAAUCUUCUUAGAAUGAACCAAAAAAACUAAAUGAAAAGACAUUAAUACAAACAGUGGAAGGGGAAAGAAAUGGCAUAAUGCUGAUCCGACUGAUUGUUUUUUUUUUCUUUCAUAUAUAAAUUGUUCAAAAAUCCCUUUGAAAUGUUGAUUUGUGUUGACUCGUCUUGGAUCUCUAUUUUUAGUGGUUUUGAAAAGCUUUCCUGAUGCAGCACACGGGCUGCAUGUCUGUGUGAGAGCUGCUCAUGUAUCCUGAUGGCAAUAUUAUCUGAAUCUUAAGUUAUUAACACGUUCUCACAUUCAGCAUAGCUGUGUAUGGUAUGUCUGGUCACGUUGUGUACAUGACUAGAUGUAUAGUUUUGACCAUCUUUGAGAGAUACACAUAUCCUGGUUACGUAUACGAACAUAUUUACAAUACAAAUAGCCGCAAAUUUGGUUUUAAAAGCCUUGUUUGUCUGUCUUGGUUUAACUUUAGUGUCUGUUUCCUACAGUGUUUUGGAAGGUGUCUUUGUUCAGAGUCUUUGUAAGUGUGUCCGUCUGUUUUUUUGAUGUGGUUUUGAAUGUUGUGUUUAUCUUGGACUUUUUUUCCCCCCUUUAAUAAAUCCCAGUAUGUCAAUCACAUUGCUUAUCAAGCAGAAUGUAUACCGCUAAUUAUUAACCUGACCGACACCCUCUCACUAUUGUUUACAAAAUCACAAAGAGCGUUUCCGUUUCACGUGUCGCCCCGUUUUUUAAAACAGAUUCAGCCCUGCCUUUUGUUUGUACUUAAGUGAUCAGUCAUUUCUUUGAACCACAAAGGCUUGAAAUAGUGACAUGUCUGACGGGCAAAUCCCCUCCCCUCCCCAGACUGCUGCACGCCGCUGCACAGAGCAAUAGACUUAAACGUGUCCAUGCACGUUGAUUCUCCAAUGUGAACAUUUAACUAGCAAGAGACAAAUUGGAGACAGUCCUCAGAUGCACAGUAGAGCACUUGGCCGUGGUGAUACAGAUGCUAGCCUGACACCACCUCAGUCAGCAACAUAUUACCUCUACUCUCCUCGCAUUCACUCAUGUUUGUUGUAGUUUGUUUUUUUUCUUACUAGUCAUAAGUAAACAUACUUGCUAGUUGGUCUUUUAUUUUUUCAUUGUAUAGAAUCACGAUUUCAAGCCUUUUUUUCUAGUUUUCUUUUGUUUUUUUAAUCAAAACCCAGACUGUAUCUGUUUCUUUUUUUUUCUUUAGAAUGGAAAAUGGCUAAUAAAAAAAUAGCAUGGAGAACUACUCUUUAAAUGGUGAGAAUUAACCUAUUUAUUAUUAUUUUGUUUUGUUUUGUUUUUCUGACACCUGUGGUAUGUUUUGAGUUGAAGUUGGUCUCCGCUGUGUAAAUUUUCCUCCUUGUAAUGUGUGAAAGAGACAUACUGUACAUAGCUCUGUAAAUAAAACCUCCCAGGACAUUUUGCACCCUCCUCUUUGUACUAGUCUGAAAAAUUGCGUAGAAUGUGGGGUUCAAACUGCAGCGAGCUGUGUGCGCUCGCCGCAGGUGAUUAUGAUGUAACAAUGUAACAUUUUUUUUUUAUUUGUACAAUGUAGUUUAUUUGUGUACAUAUUGUUGGAGCAGCUAAAAGGGGUGGGAGGGUGGUAAACGAGGGGGUUGUUGAUGCUAUUGUCAGUGCUGUAACAGAACUUUCAGUACUUUCACCUCUCGCUGUUGUUGAUUUCCUGCAAAAAAAGUGAAAGAAAAAAGACAAAAAAAAGAAAAUGAGAGAAACAGAAAAUGAGUCUAGGAUGGGGGGAAAGACUAAAACUGAAAAGUAAAAA